GGAGGGAGGAGAGGAGUUGAGAGAACAGGAAGAGUGACUAGUGAGGUGGUCAAGGCGGGGAGUGAAAACCAGCUGUACAGGAGGCAUGUCAGCCAGCCAGCCUUUCUCUCUCUCGCUGCCUUAGUGUGGAUCUCCUUGUGCAUUGGAUUCCUGGGGCUGUGUUCUGUGCUAAUAGGAAGCUGUAUACUCUUUCUGCACUGGAAGAAGAACUUGCAAAGAGAAGAGCGUGCCCAGCAGUGGGUGGAAGUGAUGAGAGCUGCCACAUUCACCUACAGCCCACUCCUGUACUGGAUAAACAAGCAGCGUUACCAUGGCAUGCAUGUAGCCAUUAACACAGGCCCACCCCCUGCGGUCACCAAGACUGAGCCGGAAGUUCAAAAUCCAGAUUCUCUGUGGGAGUUGGAUCUCUCUGAAGGCAGGAACUAUGUUGUGCAAGACAGCAGCCCCAGAGGUGAAGCUUCUGAUCUCUUGCAACAUGUUUUGGGGAUUCCAAAGCAGCCCCUGUCUUCAGCAAUGCCACAGCCUCGGACUGAUUCCCCAUUCCCACUUCCCAUCUUUCAGGAGGUGCCUUUUGCCCUAUCCCUCUGUCACCUGCCUCCCAUGUUAAACCACUCUGUCUCCUACCCUUUGCCCAACAGCCCUGAAAGGAAUGUUCAUUUCUGUUCCCUCCCAACACUGGCUCACGGAACAAACUGCUUUAAUGCCAAGCCUUUUGCUUCCGAGCUGUAGUUUCCUCUUAUUGAGAGUGGGAGCUGCAAGCACCAAAGGCUCCCUUCAGUAGGAAACAGAUAACCACAAGGAGUUGAUAUUGACAAGGAGGUCAGAGCCACCUGGUGAGAGGUUUAAAGCCACAGACUUAAAAAAAAAUAAAGUCCAAGUUUCUCCUCUGUCUCAUUUGCUCCUAGAAGGGCAAUGCCUUUUGUCACAGCCAAUGUGACCGUGGUGCUUUGUAAAUCAAGCUGGUUAUGAGUUUCACCACUGCAUAUGGGAACCUGAGGUUAGCAUUUGGGACCUGUGGCUGGACU